AAGGAGCAGUCACCAAUCAAAGCUUCAGAUUUGAAGUUCUCUACUUAAAUGUUAUUGAAAGCAGCAAAGCCAUGAAUGAGAGCUCCACUGAUGAGAGUUGAGAGAGCAAACCUCUAAAUAGCCUACGUUGAAGUAGCUCCACUGAUGAGAGUUGAGAGAGCAAACCUCUAAAUAGCCUACGUUGAAGUUUCUUCCAGGCCUACAAUUUGCUUAUACACCCAUUAAUUAAGCCCUUCCUCUCUCUCUCUCUCUCUCUCUCAGGAGAGAAACCAUUCGAUCCAAACAUGGGAAGAAGCAGCCAGUUCCUGUCAGUCCUCGCCUUCCUUGUCUCUUUCUCUUCUCUUCCCAUUCCUUCACUCUCUUCUUCCACAGACUCCUUCGUCUUUGGAGGCUGCACUCAGGAGAGAUAUGCACAAAACUCACCCUACGAGUCCAACGUCAACUCGCUCCUAACCUCCCUGGUCAACUCAGCCACCUACUCGUCCUACAACAACUACACCAUCAUGGGGUCCACCCCACAAGACGUGGUUUACGGACUCUACCAAUGCCGGGGCGACCUCUCCAUGCCGGACUGCGCCACGUGCGUCGCUCGCUCGGUGAGUCAAAUCGGCGUGCUGUGCCCCCAAACAUGUGGCGGAGCGGUGCAACUGGAGGGGUGCUACGUCAAGUACGACAACGCCACCUUUCUAGGGGUGGAGGACAAGACUGUGGUGUUGAAGAAAUGUGGACCGUCCAUUGGGUAUGAUACGGACGCUAUCAGCCGUAGAGAUGCGGUGAUGGCCUCGUUGUCCAGCGCCGGUGGGCCAUAUAGAGUGGGUGGAUCCGGGCAGAUACAAGGUAUGGCUCAGUGCGUCGGAGAUUUGAGUUUGGGAGAGUGUCAGGAUUGUGUGUCAGAUGCGAUCGGACGGUUGAAAAGCGAUUGCGGCGGGGCCGUCUACGGCGAUAUGUUCUUGGCCAAGUGUUAUGCAAGGUAUCAAACCGGCGGUGAUCACGCCUCCAAUGGCCAUCAAUAUCAUGAUCAGAAAUCUAGUAGUGAUGGUGAGAAGACAUUCGCAAUAAUCAUUGGAUUAUUAGCUGGAGUGGCUCUACUCAUUAUUUUCAUAACAUUCGUAAGAAAGGUGUUCGAGGGACCUGGUAAAUGAAAUUAAUAUUACUGAUCGAAUACUGGCGCCACAGCCCUCAACUCUCAAAGCUUCUCAAGUGAUUUGCUUUUGCUUCUCUUUUUUUUUUUUCCUCAAUGAUGUCUACUUUUCCUCUCGAUCUCCAUACCUUUUUCUUGGAUUUAAUUUAUGUUUCUUUCUAAGAGGAGGAGGGAUGUAAAGAUGUGUGAUGGGUCACUCUUGCCCAAAACACAAAGUUAAAAAAGAGGGCACAAAAGGAGGCUUGGAUUCCGCUUUCUUUUCCACUUAACAAAAGCUGUUUUGUCUAAUAUGAAAAAAAAUGGCAUAUUCUU